GGAUCACACGUUCUUUUCUUUUUCGGCAAAAGCGAGACUUUGAAGGAUAAUGCAGGACAUUAUAAAUCCAAACGAAAAUCUUAUCAUACCUGAAUGGAUAAAUGAAACUUAUUUUGAACAUGUUCUCGCUAAAGACGAACCGAAUUAUGUAAAAGUGCUUAGCUUCUGCCCUGUUGCCGCCAUACCGCCUGGCGAAAACUUUACCUCUGCAAUGCUGCGCGUUUACUUUGAAUUGGAAAUGAAUGAUGGUUCAAUUAAAACAACAACUUAUAUCCUUAAGACUAUGCUACCCAAAGAUAAGGGUGGAGAUGAAAUAGCCGAGUUUGGUCUUUUUCCGAAGGAGAUGAUGAUGUACAACACAUUUUUGCCCGCCUUUGAAACUCUUUAUAAGGAGGCAGGAGAGGAUAUAAAAUUAGCACCAAAGUGUCUUCAUACAGAUGAGAGCGACGGCUGCAUUAACUUCAUUUUUGAAGAUUUGGCGAUAAAAAAAUUCAGGAACGUGGAUCGAACUAAAGGCUUAGAUUUGGAGCAUAUGAUAUGUGCCCUACAAAAGUUGGCCGAAUUUCAUGCCGCUGGCUCAACUUAUCUGGAUCAUAAUUUCUCAUUUCCAAGUGAAUUUGAUGAAGGAUUUGUAACACAUAGAGGCAAAAAGUUUCACUUUGAAGGAUAUGCAAAAAAAGAGAAGUCCUUCAAAAACUCGAUAGCCACAUGGGGCCUGCCAGACACCGAUGAGUAUAUAAAAAAUUUUCCAUCCGUUGAACAGUAUUGGGCACAGUGCUUAAGUUCAAUGGAAGUGGAUCCUGAAGAAUUUAAUACUUUAACACAUGGAGAUUUUUGGUCAAGCAACCUCAUGUGCAAUUAUAAACCAAGUGGAAGCAUUAAUCAACUUAUUUUAGUAGACUUUCAAAUUUGCAAAUGGGGUAGUCCCGCAAUUGACUUACUUUUCUUUUUAUCCUUGUCUGCUGCCAAUGACAUACGCAUAAAAAAAUUUGACUACUUUGUACGUAUUUACUGGGAUCGCCUUAUAGAAUGUCUGAAACUACUUAAGUACAAAAAAAAACUACCAAAGUUACGCGAUAUUCAUGGCUCGAUGUACAAAAAGAAUAAUUCAUUUUAUGCAUUUUUUGCUUUGUUUAAUCAUCUGCCCCUAAUUCUAUUUCCAAGCGAAAAGAAUAGUAAUUUACAUGAGCUUAUGGGUGAUAGUGAGGAAGCUGAAAGGCUUAGACAACGUAUUGCGUCCAAUCCUGCCUUAUGUGAUGUUUUAAAAGACACAUAUCCCUUCUUUUACAAUCGAGGGCUCUUUAAUUUUGAAGAUUAUGAAAAAGAACCAUAAAGCCUCAGUUAUCAGUUUGUAUUUGUGUCUUAUCUGCUUGCAAAUAA